GUUUUUUUUUUUUUUUAAUUUCAGAUGAAUUCAUUUAAUGGGCAAUGCUGCUAAUAAAAACAACAUAUUUCAAUAGAGUUUUCUAAACCAAAUCAUAAAGCCGAAGAAGAUGUGCCUGCUGGCCAGCACUUUGCGGUUGCACUGCUAAUAUUGUUACUACCGAAAAUCACUUUGAGUACAAGUUUUGUGAGACAUCGAAAAGUGACUGGACUAUAAAUACUCCGAGCACAGGGCGUCCACACGGGUCACACAAUCAACUGGCGUUGCAUACAGUGAAAGAUCAAAAUGACGACGUCGACACAUAGUGAAUACACGGAUAUUGAGUUGUCCACGCUGGAGGUGGGCGGCAGCAGCAAUAAAACGGAUCCCAUUUACUCCAUCAAGCCGGACUUCAUAACGCAGUGGCGUCAAAAGAAGGAGCGCGAAAAUAUUUGCAAAUCCAUUUUCAAUCGUUUCGUCGAGCAUACCGAGUGUAAACGCCUGCUGGAGGCCGCACAAUUGUAUCAUCCCUUCAUCGGCGAGAAUGGUGAGCUGAGCAUGUGGAAUGCUAAUAUCGAUAUGGAUAUGCUGGCGACCUACACCAAUCGUAGUCUGAACUAUAGCCUGUUGGAGGAUUUCACGAAUGUGACCACACGCGAUCCCACGCCUUCGCAAGUGCUGCCACCUUUUGCGCUCUGGCAGAGCAUACUAAUCGCACUGUGUCUGUCGAUCUGCAUUAUCUUGACGGUGGGCGGCAAUGUGCUUGUGCUGCUCGCCUUCAUCGUUGAUCGGAAUAUACGACAGCCGAGCAAUUAUUUUAUAGCUUCGUUGGCCGCCACGGAUGUGCUGAUCGGUUCCAUUUCAAUGCCAUUCUACACGAUAUACGUGCUGAUGGGUUACUGGGAUUUGGGACCGUUGCUGUGUGAUCUUUGGCUCUCCGUAGACUACACGGUCUGCUUGGCAUCGCAGUAUACAGUGCUGCUUAUAACCAUCGAUCGGUAUUGUUCGGUGAAGAUUGCGGCAAAAUAUCGCAGUUGGCGCACAAGAAAACGUGUGAUCUAUAUGGUCACGAUUACGUGGAUUGUGCCGGCGUUGCUCUUUUUCAUAUCCAUCUUUGGUUGGGAACACUUCACGGGUAAGCGUGAUCUCUUGCCUGGACAGUGUGCUGUGCAGUUUCUUAAAGAUCCCGUCUUCAAUACGGCGCUUAUUAUUGGCUACUAUUGGACGACGCUCGUUGUGUUGUUUGUACUGUACGGUGGUAUUUAUCGUACCGCCUACGAGAUGCAGAAACGUAGCGAAGCCAAACAGCGCAAAAUGCAAUCGAUGGUGGCGUUAAGUGCGGGUGCAAUGUCUGGCAUGGCCGGUCAUGCCGCCGGUAUAGGUGUUAUAGAGGAAAAAAUACUGAAAACUCAAGUCGAGAUCGGUGGCAAUACGACGAAGGAGGGCAACAACUGCAGCGCUGCGACUAAACGUGGCUCAGGUGGACAGAUGAACCCGCUGACGCAAGCUGAAGCCGUCAACGGCAGUGCUGGUGAUACGGUUAACGAGCAACGUCGCAUUUCGGAAGGUAAACUGGAAAAUGGUAAACGUGAUGGCGGUUCUGGUGAAACUGAGAAAAGUGAACGCUCCAGCAGCCCGGCAUUCGACUCGGAUGAGGAAAGUUCCGUCAAUCAAGCACAACAAAUGGCCAAUCAGCAAAAACUAGCCAAUCUUCGUAAGCGUUCAUCAAUCGGUCUGGUUUUCGGUGCACAGGCAGCACUCAUUGCUACACGUAGUAAAGGUAAUUUAACCCAAUGCUCCACAAAUUCCAAGUCCAAUGAAGCCAUGACCACAGCGGCCAACGCAACGUCCCCCAAUCCAGCACGCAGCGGUGUGCUCAUACGUGCGCAGAGCAAAGAAGAGGUGAGUGUACAUACAAGCGUGAGUAGUGAACGACCGAAGCGUACAUCGUGCACGAUGCUUUCUCAAAUAGCAGAAACCGAUCGACCACUGGAUGAACAGCUCAGAACGCAGCCAACACCACCACCGCGUUCACGAUCGAGUACCGCUACUAAAUUACUAGCUGAAUCACCGCUUUCGCCGGUCGAUAUCGCACCUAUCGAAGUGCCACGCGACCAGGUACAACCGUGCUUGGUACAAGCCAUACUACCACCUCCCGAGCAAUUCCAAUGUCCCACACCUCUCUCCGACUACUCGGAUCGGCCUUUGGGCGGCAAUAGUAGUAACAGCGAACUAAAUAUGACCUAUAACCUACUCACUAAUCAUUCCGAUUUGCGUUUUAUGGACGAAAGUUCUGUAAUGCUGGCAUCACCUACCACUAACGGCAGCGUCACCAGCUCGUUCCGGCAAGCACUACCACAAGCCGCAGUUGUCAUGCGUGCGGACGUGCCGACCAAUCAUGAGCGUGCCAAUCAAGUCGCCACUAAUCCCAAACUGUUGCAACAGGCGCUGCAAAAGGCUGCUGCGGCGCAGCAACAACAACAGCAACAUUCAAAACCCAAAACUUCAAGACGUUCUUCCCCACCUGAAACCGGCAAUCCACCCGCUCCACCCAAUGGUAACACAAAUUCCACACCACCCAAUGAGCUUGAUAAUGUCGAAAUUGAACGGCAUCUUCUUGUUUCCUACACAGGCAUGGAAGAUUUCGUCAAAGUGCGUCGCGAGAGCUGCAUAGAAGCCAUCAGCUUGCUAAGCGUUAACGAGCACGCCAAACUAAUUGCCGACAAGGUGAUCACAACGGAAAUCAGACGCAGCUCCAGUCCGCUAGAGACGAAUACGAAGAAUAAGUGCAACACUACCACCGCCGCGACCGCAGUCACGUUAACCAUGCAAAAUCAAUUGACAACCACUGUAACCACGACUGUGCCAGCAGCGCAACUGGAGAAAAUCGAUGAACGCGAAAUAUCCGAGACGACCACAACCACCAACAAGCAGGCCAACACAACACAGGUCACAACCAGCACGGGUUCGACGGCACCACCAGCCACCAGCACUGCGCAAACCGACAACACGGGGUACGUAUCGGGCGCUGGCAUUAGCACCACCGGUGGCAGCAGUAGCAGCACCUCGAAUACGAACAACAAACAGUCGAGCAUUAAAUCACAAACGCAGGCGAGCGGCGAUGCGGUCAGUCGGAAUUCAAGUAAACGUUACUUUAUGCAUUCGAUCGGCAAACACUUCAAGAGCAAAAAGAAGAUACCGCUGGUAAUUGGUGGUGGACGACAGAAAUCGAAGUCAGAGAAUCGCGCACGCAAAGCGUUUCGCACGAUCUCCUUCAUACUUGGCUGUUUUGUGGCGUGUUGGACGCCAUAUCAUGUGCUCGCGCUAGUGGAGGGCUUCUGCCGUAAUCCACCCUGCACCAACGAGCAUCUCUAUAUGUUUUCGUAUUUUCUUUGCUAUGCGAAUAGUCCGAUGAAUCCCUUUUGCUACGCGCUCGCGAAUCAACAGUUCAAGAAGACGUUUACGCGCAUACUCAAAGGUGAUUUUCAUAUGACUUAAAUUUACUUAAAGCUUAGUAUGUGUGGUAGUGAGUGGGAAGUUGAAAAGCGUAUGAGUGUGGGAGAAUGUUAUUGAUGAGAGUGUCUUGUGCGGAAGCCAGCUUACAGAGUAGAGCAAAAUUGGUGAAACGCAUGAAAGCUUAGUAAGUACUUUAUAAAGUUUAUAAAGCUUUACAAAGCUUUCAAAACAUUAUAUAGAUU